CGCCCCCAGAUCUAUGCGCCCCUGCUUCCAGCCUGUUGCUGCCAAACCAGCUCUCAGUCUCAAUUGCCACCUUAGCUGAUAAACUUACCUUAAUCACCGACCUUUAAACUCAGGUUAUGACUCCUCCUCCUCAGAGUUGCACUUCAGUAUGACGGAAAGCUGAUCUAAAGCGGAAUGUGGAGAAGACUCUGCUCCUUCCUCCUCCCAAACUCUGAGUCUUCUCAUUCACUGUUUGACUGCCAGCUGCGUGCGUAAACCUGUCCGGGAUGGUGACACCGGGAGUUGCUGCAUGGAAAGCAACGCUCUUCCUCCUCCUCAACCUCUCAGCUGUUGUCGCAAGGAGACACGUGGUUUACUGGAACUCCACAAACACAAGGUUAACAGCAGGAGAUCUGUCCGUCCAGGUGAAUCUGACUGAUUACCUAGACAUCUACUGCCCCCACUACCCCAGCAAGGAGACCCCAGGUGCUGACCAGCCAGAGACGCUUGACCUCUACCUGAUAGCAGAGGAUGCGUUCAAGGGCUGUGUGGAGACCAAAGGUUCCAUCAAGAGGUGGGAGUGCAACAAGCCGAAUGCUACUUUCGGACCUGUGCGCUUCUCUGAAAAGAUCCUAAGAUUCACCCCUUUCUCGCUGGGCUUUGAGUUUCUUCCUGGAAAACAUUACUACUACAGCUCUCUUCCCACAGAUGAAGGCCCUCCUCGCCCAUGUAUGAAGCUGCGUGUCACAGUGUGCUGCGAGCCCACUUCAGAGGGAUCAAAACAAAUACAAAAAACGGCACGUCUAAAUGGGGUUUCCUCUUUAAGAGCAACUUUUCUUCCACUUCUCAUCCUUCUCCUGUUGACAUGUUGAUUGGUCCAUCAUCAUCUUCCCUGUUGAUCUGUUUUUUUGUGUGAGUGGUCGGACAGACAUUAAAAACCAGGGCGAAAAUGACACGCGUUAAAUUACUCAUAGUAAAUAAAUCUACGGUUAGCUUCUAAAAUAAGACAUUUUUUGGCGGUUUACCUGUGAAAUCCCAGAAAAGUGUCUUCUACAGAAAAAGUCACAUUGACUCAGGGACCGACAAUCUGAAUUCCAGUGAUUCAUUUCUUGUUUUUUUCCACUCAUUGAGCAAAUACAAGAAAGCUACUGGGCUUGCCAUGAGACUCAUGUUUCACUGUGUGUGUGUCGGGACUUGUUCUAACAAAGUUAUGUUGCUUAAUUUUUGUUCAGUUUACAUUUCUUCAAGUUGAGAAGAGGCCAAAUCGACACACUGCUGUACUGAGUGACUCAGGCUGGUAGUUUAUGAGCUGCAGAGAAACUUUUGAGUUGGAUGUUUAGCUUCUUUUGUUCGUAAAUGCUCUGCAUGGACCAGGAAACAUUUGUAACUGUGCAUGAGUGGGAAAUGUAUGCUUUGCUUUUUCAAACUACUUACUUUGGUCAAAUAAAAUAAUUUAGAAAACAAAUGACAAGUACUUAGAAGAUUGAAGUGGGCUGCUGCGCCCCCUACUGGGAUUAAACUGGUUUUACUGGAGCCAAACUGGGUUGGUCAUAAACUUUAAAUUUGGAAGUCGGGGUUGGUGUUGUGAGGGAAGGAUGAGGUAAAGAUUUGCCGUCUCUGGCUGGACCCUAAACCUCCUGUUUUUGCACCCAUCUUCCUGCUCCAGGACUGACUUUGGAAAGGAGGAGUUGAAGGAAAAGCAGCUUCUGUUGCUUAAAUAUAUUGUAAAAGCUGACAAGGUGUUCAUGCAUCCUCCAACUUUGUUUUUUUUUUUUAUUCCAAGACUUUGACAUCUCUGCCUUUCUUCCUGGACCAAUUAUACUGAGGAUUAAUAUGGAUUCACUUUAUAAUCCCUAGCUAAUUGAUUUAGCACAAUCUUGUAUUUAAUUAAGAAGAUAAAAGUAUAUAUUUUUUAGAUAUUCUUUGUAAAAAAAAUUCCAGCAGAUAAUAUUUUCAGUAGUUAAAGCAUAAAAAUAAUCUGCAGCCCUACAUUUUUUAAUUAUGCUUUAUGUUCUGAUUAAAAAAUUAGAUGUUUUUUAUUUUAUAUUUGAUUAAUAACAAUUGGUCUGCUAAAUGCUUUAUGCUUGGAAAAUUUAAUAAGUAUGUAAAAUUUAUUUUGACUCUAGAAAAAAAAAUUGUGAGCACUUACUUUUAUUUUUUUAUAUUGUCAAAAUGUCUGGGUGUGAAAUUGUUUUGCUGUUUUGAGGCAUAUCUUUGCUUUUGUUUUGUUUUUAUUCUCUUAUGCUGAUUUCUGCAAUGGACGAUAAACCAACGUUGGGAUUUUUGCCUACUGGCCUUUUUUUCCAUUGAAUGUUAUCCUUUAGUAGUAGAUGUUUGUGUUUUAUUGGUGUAUUUUUUAUUUUAUUUGUUGCUGGUUUGUUUGCUUUCACAUUUUAGUGAAGAAUAUUGCUUCUUCUGUGAAGAGCCAUCUGCAAUCUGAGCCUUUUUAUUGUGGCAGGUCAACAAAAUAAAUGAUUGCAUUGAAAUGCUCAGGGUUGGUUUCUUUUUUUUUUCUUUAACUUCCUGUUUAAACAAGUUUAAAUGGAUUUUCUUGUGAAAUAACAGGUACCUGUGACAAGUCACAAACAUCCAGAACAUUAUUUAUUGGACAAAUGCAUUCAGUGUUUUACACAAAUUCUUGAGAUAAGGAGACUUCGGGGACUUAAAAUGACCUUGCGGUAUAAGAGGCCAUUGUAAUGUGAGUAACCUGAUGGAAUAUUGAGCUGGGAUUUUAUCUAUGGGGCCUCUGAGGCUGAUAAGACUGAUACCCAGUGGAUUUCUGGUAUUAUUAGACACUCUGGUAUUUUUGCCAAUACAUUGACCUUAAAGCAGUUAUUUUCUGUCAACAUGAGGGCUGAGGUUCAAUCCAGCUCAAAAAGAGAUGAGGUUUCUUUGUGUUUUAAAUAUAGGAGCGUACAUCUAAAUAAGCUGUAAAAUGCAUUUCCAUUUAUAUAAGCUGUAAUGUUGAACGUCUUAUGAAGCCAGAGAUGCAAUUUCCUGGAUAACAGUGCUAAUGCUCCUAUUUCAUGGUUUAUGAUCUCUUCUGAUGACACGUUUGUCGCCGUUAAGGCAUGUUGUCGCGAAGCGCCUUUGAUUCUGACCCUCACAUAGAGAUUUCCAAAGCUCAUGUUUUCUUUCUUUUGCCAUUGUGCAUGAAGCAAGAGGGCUGAAAUUGUUGGACAGAGAUGGAAACUUGUAAGGGGGAAAAAAAUUAAAAGAAAAUCCCGUCCGC